AGCCUAUAUAUCCUGAGGGUUGGAAUUCUGCCUGGGCGCGUUCAUCAUCUUACCAAAUCAAGCCGCGGGGGACGGACUCUUGGGCGGUUGUUAAAGGCACAAAUCUUGUUUUUUUGCUGCCUUUCCUUGUUCCUCCUAAGCCAGCAGAAAUAUUGAGGGUCAGCCUGAGAGGGGCUUUCACUUUAAGAACCGCCCCCCCCCCCCGCCCUUGGACCUUGGCUGGGGUACAGCUUGCUUUCGAAGGCGCUGAGGCAGCAGAAGCAAGCAGCGAGUGGGAAAGGAGGAGGGCCAGACGAGGUCGGAUUAAGGCUCUGCGGAGGGAAGGGACGGGACAGAAGACGCGCAACAAGCCCUGGGCCACCACCAUGGAAGGCGUCCCCCAGACUCCCCCCAAGGAAGCCUAUCGUGCGGCGAUGGUGCUCUCUGGUGCAGGGGAUGCCCUUGGAUAUCGCAACCAGCUCUGGGAGUACUGCACCUCAGGGCCCCAGAUCCACCAAGAGCUCCAAGAAAUGGGGGGGCUCAGCAAAGUUCGUGCGGCUCUUCCUGAUUGGCCUGUCAGUGAUGACACUGUGCUGCACCUGGCAACGGCUGAGGCUCUGGCCACAGGGAAGGAUGGUGAACCACUAUUCCAGGAUCUGGCCAAACGUUAUGUGGAAGCCAUGAAUGAUAUGGAGGGCCGGAAGCCAGGGCCCACGAGCAUUCUGGGAACAUCCCAGUUGCAUCCAGGAGAGCCAAAUGGAUACCGCAUUCCCUUCAAUCCCAAUGCGACAGGCUGUGGUGCUGCCAUGCGGUCCAUGUGCAUUGGGCUUAGGUAUCCACGUCCCUCAGAUCUGACUGCCUUGGUUCAAGUUAGCGUAGAAAGUGGAAGGAUGACGCAUCAUCACCCCACAGGAUACUUGGGUGCCCUGGCCGCUGCCUUAUUCACUGCUUAUGCCGUACAACGUCUCCCCCUUGAGCGCUGGGGGUCAGGAUUGCUCAAGACCGUGCCCGUCGCCCUAGAGUAUGUCCAGGCUACUGCAGUUGAGAGUGACUCCAAUGUAAGUGCCUGGGCCUAUUUCCAGGAGAAAUGGGAAUGGUACCUUUCGGAUCGGGGUCUUGCUGAUGGCCGGGGUCCUGCCCGAUUUCCUCCUGCCUAUAGUCCUGCCGAGCGUGAUGUCAUCUACAAAACCUUCAGCCUAGAUGGGUGGGCUGGGCGGAGUGGUCACGAUGCCCCCAUGAUUGCCUACAAUGCCCUGCUGAGUGCAGGGGACAGCUGGGAAAAGCUCUGUAGCCACGCCAUGUUCCACGGUGGAGACAGCGACUCCACUGGGGUGAUUGCUGCAUGCUGUUGGGGAAUCGCUCAUGGAUUCAGCGGGGUCCCAGAGGGAAACCACAUGGAGCUUGAGUACCGAGACAGGAUGGUGACUGCUGCCGAUCAGCUCUAUGACCUUGCUUGGGGUCAGAGGCCUGUUUGAGGAACUGCUCCCCUUUCUAGCAUCCCUGGCUCCUGGAAGAGGGUCUGAGGAUGAUUUGCAUGGUGCUGAAAUCUGCUGUUUGUAGAAUAAACUGAAGCCACAUUUGCAAUUGUU